AUGCUUCAAGAAGCUUUUGAGAAGGAAUACAUUUCGAGAUAUCAUUGCGAAAGUGACAUACGCAAUCUUCUCUCAAACCCACAAAAGCAUGCAAGUUGUUGCAUCAAAGCAAAGCUGCGUGUCUUCUUUGACGCCCGAGGAAUUAUCCAUAUUGAGUUCCUCCCGCAAAGGCAAACUGCCAACGCAGCCAUUUACCUGGAGGUAUUCAAGAGACUGAAACGCCGGGUAGUGCGUGUUAGGCCGGAAAUUAAAGAAGUCCUUCAGUUCCACCACAACAAUAUCUCCAGUCACAUGCUCUUCGUCAGUAUCAACUACCAGACCCAGAUCAAGACCUCCAUUGUACCCCAAAUUCUUAACAGCCCUGACUUGGCUCUGCGUGAAUUUUAUUUGUUCUUCCAAUUGAAGAGCGAGCUGAAAGAAGAGCACUGUGUGUCGGUGGAGAACGCCAAAGCUCACGUUAGAAGGUUCCUGAGAGACAUUCCAGUUCAGGUGUUCUUUCCGGGAGUGUCUGAAUCAUCUCAGCAGGUGUAUUGA